AAACCUUCCCCAUAGGCCCAUACCACCAUCACAUGCUCUCCACUUUGAACUUUGUCCCCCUUUUUUCUUAUUCUCAUUACUUUUUCCCUUUUUGUGUGUAUAUAUAAAGAGAGUGUUUGAGCCAUAAGAUAGAAAAACCAAGAAAAACCCUUCUCUCAAAAUUGCUAAAACUAAACCAAAUAUGGCUAUCAACAAGCUUAGUGUUAGAUCCAUAAGCCUCCCAACAAGGCCUCAUCCAAGCACAACAAGAAUAGAACAACAACUACACAAAAUCCAAGCUUUGGAAUUUGAGGUUGCCACCUCAUCAUCAUCAUCAUUUUUCAAAGGCUUAUUAUUUGAGCUAGAAGAGUUAUAUGAAUGUGUUGAUGAUCUUCUCCAAAUGGGGUCAACCCAACAAGUCCUUUCUCAAAAUCAACAUGAAAAAAGCUUAGAAGAUUUGUUGGAAGCCUCACUAAGGCUCUUGGACUUAUGUGGUAUUACAAGAGAUGUUUUGCUUCAAACUAAACAACAUGUUGGAGCUCUUCAAUCCACUCUUAGGAGAAGAAAAGGGGACCCCAUUAUGGAGAUUAACAUCACAACCUACAAUUGUUUUAGAAAGAAGAUGAAAAAAGAGGUCAAAAAGUUGACUUUUGCAAUGAAGCAAGUGAGUAAGAAAUUUGAGUCAUCACAAACACAAAUAUUGAGUGAAGAAAAUGAUCACUUGUGUGCUGUGAUGAGAGCACUUAGACAAGUGUGUGCUAUGAAUAGCUCUAUUUUCCAAUCUCUUUUCAUGUACUUAAUUAUGACUCCUAAUAAGGUCUCAAAAUGGUCUUUGGUGUCAAAAUUGGUCAACAAGAGUAGUGCAGUUGCUUGUGAAGAAAAGUUAUUAGAGUGUGGGAAUGAAUUGGAGAGUGUUGAUAUUGCUUUGUCAUCUUUGUUAUGUUGUAAUUAUGAUGAUUUGAAGCUAAAAAUAGCUCAAAAGAGAAGUGAGGAUUUGGAGAUGAGCAUUGAUGGGCUUGAAAAUGGUUUGGAAAGUUUGUUUAGGAAGUUGAUUAGAACAAGAACCUCUCUUUUGAACAUUAUCUCUCAAUAGAGAAAAAGUUUUAAAAGAGAAGAGUUCUAUAUAUAGUUUGCAAAGCAUUUUACCAAAAUUUUUUUAAGGAUUUGCUUUGGAAUUUUCUAGUUUUUUCAUAUGAGAAAUCAAUAUCAAACUAUGUAAAUUAUUGUUGGUAUUGUAUUGCUAUUGUACAAUGUAAAGAAAAAGACUACUCUUGCAUAUAUUUUAAUACAAGUUUUUGGCUAUCCUUUUCUUUCUCAA